CUCCCUCAAUGCCUCCCUCGAUUGAGUGGGCCUCAAUGACCCCAUCCCCCAUCUGGACCCUCCCCGCAACUCCUCCCGAAACACGCUCAUGCUCUCAUGCUCAUGAUCUGAUCUCGGGAUUCCAGAGUGACUCUUGAUCACCACAACCACCUCAACUAUAAAUCCCCCAUGGUUCCCACCCUCUGCAGGGUGUUUUAAUUCUAGCUAGACUUGAUUGAUUCACUGCUAUACCUAAAUUUAACUUGCUUCAACCUAUCUCCAAUACAUCACAAUCCACAACGCUCUGGACCGACACACACACGCACACACACUAUACAUACAAUACAUACCCCGAACUCGUUGUCUACCUCAUCGCGUCGCAUCGCAUCAUACCAGCCCUAUAUCUCCAACCCCUUGUCCCUCCAAACCAUCACAAUGAUUGCCAUCCAAUUUGCCCGCCCUACCAUCCGCCAUUUCUCGGUGCACCGUCCGCGCCCCGACACGCGCACCUCCCGCUUCAUCACCAGUUCCUGCCUCUUCUCAGCGGUCGUCCUCCCCUUCAUCCCUCCAGCGCUGGAAAGCUCUCGGGAAAAGAGCAAAGGCUAUCCCACCCACAACAAGCCACACCCCCCACUCUGCUUCCAUGCCCGCUAGACCACAUAUAUCCGUUCGGAUUUACACAUAACUCCACGGGUGGGGCCAUACUUGCAGCGACAUAACAUCACCUCUCGUGUUAUCACGCCAUUCGAUUU